AUGAUUGAUUUGUAUGAUUCACUUUUUGAACAAUUACAAACAUCGUAUAUAUUCAUUCACUAUUUAGAGAAAACAACAGGUGUUAAUGUUAAUGGUCUUGCUCAUGGUGGUUCUUUAUUAGGUGGUGAUUUUGUAUUAGGUGGUACAGGUACUGGUUUAGGUGCAUUUUCAUUUACUCGGCUUGUUAUUGAUUUAUCUUAUUCAUAUCGUACAUAUAAUGUACAAUAA